CAAAGUUACUAUGGAAGGAAACUGUAUUAUUAGAAAUUGAAAACGUUGACCAUUAUUUCACUUGAAAUAUUGCACUGUACUACACCAGUCCGGUUGAUAUUGUCGACGCAGUAUACUUAAAAGUCAGCUAGAGGUGAAAUAUUGCACUGUGCUACUUUAAUCCAGUUGAUAUAGUCGACACAGUAUAGUUUAAAAACAUCCAGUUAUUAUCAUUGACAGAUCAAGAAGCCUAAAGCUGUUCACUACCAACUCGGUGACCAUAUUAUCAUCAGAUAAAGGGCAAACGCCCUCGUGCAUGUCGGCAAGUUUCUAAUCAACCGGAAUGUAUUGUAGGAAGUCAGUACCAGACAUAAGUUAACCAAUCAACAUGAAGACCUACUAUACACACUGGAUUUCCAUUGGACGAAACCUUUGGGCCAUCGUUUCUAUGGUUCUUAUUCCUCUGGCCUGGACAAGUGAUGAUUCCUUCACAAUAACUGGCGAUAACUGCGGCACCUUCUUGAGUCUUGACACUAGAACUAUGAACAUCCAUUGGAGAGGAGCUGCUCUGGAAGACGAUUGUACCAUCUACGUUGCUAUAUACUCGGACACUUCCAGCAACGUCAAUAACAACAGUCUGUGUGUCAGGGCAGAAGUGUGGGACAUAACAGACAAACACUUCAUCCUCACCAUUGAAUCCGGAGUAGGCCACAGCAAUAGAAAGCUCUUCAGAGCCAAUGAAAUAAAGGAAAAUGUCUCGUACUGUGCUAAUGAACAUGGCAUUCUGAACUUGCGGUUUUUCACAUAUACAAAGUCAAAAUCACAUGUGUAUCUAAAGAUAUCACAGACAUCCUUCUCAACAAGAAACUAUGACGGCCAAGGAGAACCACUACCAACAGCCGUGUAUAGACUUCUGGGAGGGAUCGGUGCGAUCAUCAUGGUCGUACUGCUAGCCUCAUUGAUACUUAAACGAAGACGUAGAGCCAGGCAAGGCCACUUCAGCAGAGGUGGUUUAGUCAUCAGUCAACCACACCACAGUGAUGAGACUAUGGUGGCUCUUUACCAACCAUCACAGAAUGAUUCGUGUACAGUCACGCCAACAAGUAGUUACAACACUAACACAAAUGGAUACUGUGGACCAGCUUCCCGCCCGUUCAUCCCUGAGUAUACAUCCCCACAACCAAUGAAGCCCCCAGAGUAUUCAGAAAAUCCAGACAAUCAACAUAGCUUUGCACAAUACCCUGAUUCAGCUCCACCAAGAUACGAGGAUGUUGCAGAGGAAAGAUCAGAAAGCAACAAAGUAUAAUAAGCCUUCAAAUCCUGCUGUAGAUUUUCAGAUGUAUGUUUGGGGCAUGCAACUUUACAGUUCUGGAAAUUGAAUUACAUAUUGAAUUUUUUUUUCUUGCCUUAUAAUGUACAGAAUAUAUCGAGAUCAGCUCUUGCCUUGCAUCAUGAUGUUGUGAAUUAAAACUUCCCCUAUAGCCUUUAUGCUCAGUUAAUGUAUAUAGAAAAAUAAAAUUUAUAUACAUUUGUACCUAUAUUUUCAUUGUAAAAACUUUAAAAAUUCUUCAUGAAUUAUGCUUGAAACAUAAUGUCUUACAUGCAAACUGCUGUCAAUAUGAUCAUACUGUGAUAAUUAUAAUAUCAAAUAUGUAGUGUUUUUGGAGCAUGUUGAUGUUGUGAUGAAUUUCUUUAGUGUAGAUUUAUUUUGAUGAAAUAGAAAUGGAUGAUUAAAAAGAUAUUUUCAGUUUAAACUGAUAUAUAUUUACAUAAAAAAUAUUGAUGUAGUACAAGAUUUCUAAAAAGACGACAAAAAAUAAUUAACGAAAUAAUUGUAAAUAUUGAAGUUUAUAGCAAUGUUUUUCUUUUUCGAAGCAUUACAUUAUUGUUUGCAAUAUAAGUAUUUCAAUAAACAAUGUAUAUACAAUACAGUAGUACAAGUGACAAUACUACUUCUGUACUUCUAUAUACAAUACAGUAGGUCAAGUGACAUUACUACUUCUGUACUUCUAUAUACAAUACAGUAGUACAAGUGACAUUACUACUUCUGUACUUCUAUAUACAAUGUAUAUACAAUACAGUAGGUCAAGUGACAAUACUACUUCUGUACUUCUAUAUACAAUACAGUAGGUCAAGUGACAUUACUACUUCUGUACUUCUAUAUACAAUGUAUAUACAAUACAGUAGGACAAGUGACAUUACUACUUCUGUACUUCUAUAUACAAUGUAUAUACAAUACAGUAGGACAAGUGACAUUACUACUUCUGUACUUCUAUAUACAAUACAGUAGUACAAGUGACAUUACUACUUCUGUACUUCUAUAUACAAUGUAUAUACAAUACAGUAGGACAAGUGACAUUACUACUUCUGUACUUCUAUAUACAAUGUAUAUACAAUACAGUAGGACAAGUGACAUUACUACUUCUGUACUUCU